AGCCAUCAUGCAUGUGCUAAAGCCAGAUAAAAUUGUUUGUGAACAAAUUCAUUAGGCUCGCAUUUGGACUCAUUACUCCAAUGUGACUCCACCAUCAAAACACAGAAAUUUACAGGAUUCAUCCAGUGACUCAACACCAGUUCACACUUCACAUAAAACAGUUGUUUCAAUGAAACAGACAUGGAAGAAACCAGAGAUUACGUUGGAGACUUCCUUAAAGAAUUCAAGGAUCUAAUAAUUGCGAGAGCAACACGUGUCAGUGAAAUUGCAGAGGCAGUUAUUUCCCAAAGUCUGAUCCAUGAAGUGGCAUCACAACGUUUGCUGGCCGCUCCAACCCCGCAGGAAGCAAUGCGGCUCCUGUUUGAGGCUUUGGAAAGAGAGCCACCCCGACACAGAGUGUCAUUUCAUUUGAUCCUGAGAAUGACAGAGCCUGAACUGAUUCAAGAAUUAGAGUGUAUACAACGCAACAGCAAGCACACACAGACAGAGAUAGGCAGUCCACCCAGUCCUCCUAGAGAGAAAAGGAGACAGGAAGACAAAAACGGACACGGCAGUGACAUCCAGAAAAGAAAAGACUCACUGAAGAGGCGACGAUUUGAGACGAUGCGUGCCAUCGAACAAAUUGAGAAACUCUGGGAAGGAACCAAGAAAGAGCGAAAUGAAAUAGACAACAUGAGGCAGAGGAUACAGAGGCAGCAAGAGGAGAUAAUCAGUAUAACUAUGGAGAAAAGGCAUCUUGAGAAACGUAUAACAGACAUGAAAGCUGAGGUUGACCACGCCUAUGAAAGAAUGAAUCGGAGCAAAGAAGAGAUAGACAGAGAAAGGGAAAGGGUUGAAAAAAUGAGGUCUGAUCUCCAAAUGGAACAAAGCACCCUGGAGCAAAAGCGUGAUGAAAUCACGAGGGAAAGACAAAAUUUGGAGAUGCUCAGGUAUGAAGCUCAGAGGGAGAAGGCGGAGCUGGAGAGCAACCGUGAGAGCAACAAGCAUGAGAUGGAACAAAUGGAACAAACGAAAAGUGCCAUACUGGUCCAGAUUAAUGAGAUUGAGAUGAAAAUUGAGGAAACAAGAAAGGGCAAAGAUCAAAUGGAGCACAUGAAGGCUCAAAUAAAGGAGGAGAAAAAUGAUCUAGAGAGAAAAAAGGAGGAUAUCAAGAGGCAAAGAGAGCAAUUUGAGCAGAUUAAACUUGACAUACAGCAAGUGAAGAAGGAAAUGGAAGAAAGGUGGCAUGACAUGGAAAAGGAAGGGAUGGAACAGAGAGCUACGAUCCAGAGAGAGAAGGAUGAGCUACAAUAUCUGCAAGAUGAGAUUCAGAGAGCAAAAGAAGAGGUUGAAAAAAACAAAGCCGUGUCAAAACAAGAAAACGAGAAAAUAAUUCAGCUGAGAGCUCAGGCGCUUGAGGAAAAGGAUCUCAUUGAGAAGAAAUGGCAAGAGGUGUUGAGAAAAGAGAAAGAUUUGGAAGAGUUAAAACAUAACAUUAAGAUAAGCAGAGACGAGUUAGUUUUGAAUGGAGAGCUGGUUAAAAAGGAAUGGGAGAAGAUUGAGCAAGCCAAGUUAGAUAUACAUGGUCACAUCAACUCUAUGGAGGCCAGGGUUGAGGACGCAAAAAGAGAAACUGAGAGACUGAAGCAUGUAAAAAUGGAGAUGCAGAGAGAAAAAGAGAUUCUCGAGAAACAAAAGGAGGAGACAAGGAAAGCUAAAGAGGAAAUGGAGAAAAAGAGGUAUGAGAUAGUUACAGAACAGUUAGAGCACAGAGCCGGACUGCAAAGAGAAAGAGAUGAUCUGGAAAGGUUGAGAGUAGAGAUACAAAGAGUAAAUGAUACAGAGAAAGCACGAAUUGUGAAAGAGAAAGAAGAAAGCAUUCAAAUAAGAGAUGAGGCCAGACGAGAUAUGGAAAUGACAAAAAGUAUCAAAGCAGAAUUCGAGGCUGAAAAAGACAACCUGAAUAGAAGACAAGAUGAAAUGCUGAAAGAGAGACAGGAACUCGAAAGAAUUAGACAUGAGAUAAUCAGAGCCAAAGAGGAGAUUGAGAAAAGCCAGGAGGUCACAGUCCUGGAAAAUGAAAAAAUGGAAAAAAUGAAGGCCGAAAUUCAGCUCCAAAUUGAGGAUAUUGAGAAAAGGGUUGAGGAGACCCAAAAAACAAAGGAACAGAUGGAGGACAUGAAAGCCGAGUUGGAAGAAGAGAAGGAGGAAUUGGAAAGAAAGAAAGAUUUUGUGAGAAGUGACAUGGAACAGUGUGAGUUUAUCAGAGGGGAGAUUGUUAGGAUAAAGGAGGAAAUGGAAAGCAGGUGGCAGGAAACAGAAAGAGAGGAAGUAGAACUUAGAAGAAAAACUCAGCACGAGGUGGAAAGAUUGGAACAACUACGAGAUGAAGUUCAGAGAGCCCAGCGAAAUGUUGAGGAGGACAGGGUGGAGCUAAUGAAAUGGAAAGAGUAUCUUGACAAAAUGAAAGUUCAGACAGAAGAUGAGAAAAUGGCUGCCAACGUAAAGACGGAUGAAGCUAAAGCAAAGCAAGAGGAGUUAGCCAAAAUAAUGGAAAUGAUGAAGAAAGAAAGAGAAGAGAUUGAGAAAAGCCGAGAUGAGGCUAAGCAAGAAGCACACAAUAUCGAAACCAUGAGGGCAAACUUAGAAAACUGGAUGAUAGCAGCAAAACAAGAAAAAGAUGAAGCGAGCCGAGCCAAACUUGCUGCUCAGGAGGCUGAGUUGCUCUUAAGAAAGCAAAUGGAAGAUUUAGAAAAAAGAAGGUAUGAAACUGUAACAGAGGCACUGGAGCAAAGAGACGAAAUGCAUAAAAAAACAGAUGAGUUAGAGCAAUUAAAUGCACAGAUACAGAAAGCCAAACUUGAGCUGGAAAAGAUCGAGGAUUCUGAAAGAGAGCGUUUGCAAAAGAUGUUGGAGGAUGCAAAGGCAGACAGAGAGAUGAUUGAGCAAAUGAAAACAGUUUUGUGGAAAGAAAAGGAAGUUCAGGAGAAGCGUUCAGCUGAGAUAUACAUUGAAAGAGAGGAACUCAAUAAGAUUAAAUUUCAGAUUCAGAAUGAGAGAAAGGAUGUAGAAAAAAUCAGAUAUGAGAUGGUGAGAUAUAGUGCAGAACAGAGUGCUCAGUUGCAAAGACAAAAAGAAGAACUUGAGACGGUAGAACGUCAGCUAGUUUGUGACAGAGAGUUGGCGAGACAAGACCGAGAGAAAGCUGAGAUUCUUAUGACUGAGAUCCAGGAACAGAGAGAGGAUAUCAAUAAAAGGUUGGAGGAGACAAAGCGAGAGGAGGACACUUUGAGGCGUAUGAGAGAGGACAUGCAGAACGAUAGAGAGGAUCUUGAGAAGAUCCGUGUGGAUACGUAUGAGGAAGUCAAGGAUGAGAUUAACCGAGUUAGGGCAGAGAUUGAGCGACUGUGGGAUGAGGCUGAAAAAGGAGAACAGGAGGAAAGAGAGAAGAUCAAUAGGAGAAAGGAGGAGAUGACGAAAAAGAUGGAGGCAAUGAAGAAUGAGAUGAUUGAGAUAGAAGACAUCAAGGUAGAGCUGAAGAGACAAAAGGAGGACAUUGAUGUAAAAAUGGCAAAGACAAGGACGGAAAUGACGAAACUGGAAAAUAUGAAAGCAGAACUGCAGAGACAGAAAGACGAGAUUGAGAACAAGAUGGCAGAAGCAAAGACUGAAAGGGAUCAGAUGGAACUCAUGAGGUCUGAGAUACUGAAACAAAAAGCAGAUGUUGAAAGACAAAUGGAGCUCGCAAAAGCAGAGAUGGAAAAAAUGCAGCGAGUCAAAGAUGAAAUACAAAGACAAAGAUUGGAGCUGGAUGAAAGGAUGCAUAAGACCAAACGAGAGAUUGCAGAAAUGGAGCUGAUGAAAAGAGAAAUGGAGGGCAAAAAGAAAGAACUUGACCAAAGGAUGAAACUGACCAUUAGAAAGAAAGACGAGAUGGAACGGUUGAAGAUGGAAAUACAAAAAGCGAAAGAAGACAUGGAACGUAAAAGGAUGGAGACACAGAGGCAGAAGUAUGAAAUGGAACAAGUCAAAGCUGAAAUCCAAAGAGCAAGAGAAGAAUUUGAACUUAGGAUAGAGGACAGAGAGUCGGAAGAAGAGAAAGAACAGAUAAACCUCACGAUAUUCAACCUGAUACAGCAGAUUGAGACAACAAGAGAAAUGGUGAGGAACACGAAAUUCCAGAUACAACACAAAAUGUCAGGGAGUCACAUGGAGACAACAGACCAGGACGAGAUGAUUGCUGAAAUGCAGAGGCUCGUUUUGGAGAUUGAACACAUUCGAGAAAUGCUACGAGGUCUUAAAAAAGAGGCGGAGCAGAACAAAGAUGAAAUGAAGAAGGAAAAGGAAGAGAUGAGGCUUCUGAAGUUUGAAGUUCAGAGAAGAAAAAGAGAAAUACAAUACAGAGAAGAAAAACUAAUGAGGGAACGAGAUGAGAUAGAGCUCUUGAGAUCAAUGAUGCAGCGGCAAAGAGAUGAGCUGGAGCAAAGGUUGGAGGAGAUCAUCAAAGAAAGCGAUAGGGUGGAGCAGAUGAGAGAGGGUGUGGAAAAGGCUUUGAAGGAUAUAGGACAGGCACAAGAUGAAAUUAAGAGAGAGAAAGAACUGAUUGCUCAAAAAAUGGCAGACAAAGAAAAGGUUCAACCAGCCAUCAGCACAACCGAGAGCCAACAGGCCACAACAACAGGAGUACAGAGAGAAGCAUUUACAUUAGAUGACCAUGAACCCAACUUGACUGAUAUACAGAACGAAAGAAGAGAAUUGGAACGAUUUAAAGAAAUCAUUUUCAUAGAGAAACAACAACUAGAGAGGACAAAGGAGGACAUACAGGCAUUGAAGGAUGAAGCUGAAAAGCAGAUGUCUAAACUACAAGAGGAAGAGAAAGAGAUGGGAAAGAAACGGGUCAGUCUUGAAAACUGGGAGAAGAAAUUACAAUUCGAAAAGGAAGAUAACCAAAGAAACAUAGAUACAAUAUGGAAAGAGAAGCAAGACCUAAAUCAAAGAAAACAGGAACUGGACAUGAUGAGAUUAAAUCUACAGAGUGAAAAACAUGAAUGGGAAAUGACAAGAAUUAAAGAUACUAAAGAAGUUGAUGUCCAAACUGAUGAGCUGGAUAGCAAAUAUGAUGAUUCACAAGAAUAUCAAGUCAUUUUGACCAUGGAAGACCUGCACAGAGAGCAGCAAGCUCUUGAAGGUAUCAAUCAAGACAUACUUGCACAAAAAAAUACAAUAGAUAGACAAAUGGCAGAAUUAACAGUGAAAGAAGAUGAACUUUUGCACAAAGAAGCUACAUUACAAAAUGCAACUAAAACCACAGCAGACAUGCAGCUGCAACUAGGGCUGCAAAAACAAGAGCUGGAACAUACAAAAGAUGCCCUCAAAAGAGAACAUGAUGAGCUGGAGAGGACAAAGGUAAAUAUACAGAAAGGAUGGGAUGAACUACAAGCUCAAAUAUUAAGAAACAGAGAAAAAGAGGAGGUUGUGAAAAAACAAUUAGAACAAGAGAGAGAUGUUCUGAAUCAAAUUAGAUGGGAUAUGGAAAAACAAAAACAAAAUAUGGAGGCUGACAUAAACGCUCAAAGGCAAAUGGUGCAAGAUGAGAAGAGUAGAUUGGAGAACAUAAAAUGUGAGCUAGAAAGAGAAUCUGACGAUAUUCAGAAAAUAAAACAAAACUCACAUGAAGAACAGCAGAGGCUGGAGAAACUGGCAGAGAAGCUUAAACAAGAAAGGGAAACACUUGCCGGUCUUACUGAAGAGACAAAUCGAAGGUCUGAGAAUUUAGAGAAACUCCAAGUUGAAAUACAAAAGCAGAAACAAGAAAUUCAGUACGAUAAAGACAUUCUAGAAAAGCAAAGGUGUGACAUCAAACAAAUACAAACAGAGAUAGAAAGUGAAACGGAAAAGAAUGAGUCGACAUUAAAGGAGAUAAAAACAGAACGAGAUUCUCUUGAGAAGAUGCACGAAAACAUUUCGAAACAAAUGGAUGCUAUUGAUAAAGAGAAAGGAGAAAUCAAUCAAAGAGAAACGUAUCUUCAGCAGAUGCAGGCCGAGCUAAAUAAACAACAACAAGAGAUGGAGAACUUGCAGAACAAUAUCUUUAUACAAAAGAGUCAACUUGAGAAAAGCCUAGCAGAAAUAUCAGAAAACCAGAAAAAAGUGGAUGACAUUAUGCAAUCCACAAAGAAUGAAAGAGAAAAUCUUGACAGAGCGAAAGCUGCUUUAAUGAAACAGAAAGAUAAAAUGGAGAGUAAUGUGAGAGACACAUUAAACAAAGAACUUGAAACUGUGGGACGUAUGAAAAAAGAGGUACUAGAUCAGAAAAAAAUUCUUGAAAAUUGCAGAAUAACAUUAAGAAAAGAUAUAGAGGAUUUGGAACAGAAGAAAGCUGAUUUGGAGAGUGAGGCAGAAGAGUUGAAAUUGCAGAGACAGAGUGUUAAGAAUGAGAAAGGCAAGUUGAAAAACAUUAAAGAUGCCCUUCAAAAGGCAGCUGAAUAUACUGAAAAGCUUAGACAGGAUACGCUGGCUGAAAGACAGAAACUUGAGGAGACUGCAGCACAACUCCAAAAAGAGAAAGAUGUCAUUGGGAGUCUGGCAGAAGAGACAAGGAGAAAGAAAGACGAACCAGACGAAAUGCAAGCUGAAAUCGAACACCAGACAAAAACAGCUGAAAUGUUGAGGGAAAUGAAGGCCGACCUGCACAAAGAAGCAGGUGUUAUUGAAAAUCUAAGGCGAGCUGUUCACAGCGACAUGCAGAAAGUAAAAGACAUGGAAGUCCAACUACAAAAAGACAGAUAUGACACAAACAGACUUGCUGAAGAGAUCGAAAAAAGGGCUAAAGCACUGGAUGAGAUACAAGUGGAGAUUCAUAAAGAGAGACAAGCGAUUGAGUCUGAGAGAGAGAUGGUAGAAGAAGAAAAGUCUAAUUUGGAGAAAACUAAGGCAGAAGUGACUAGACUCAAAGAUCUUGAAAAACAACUUGCUAAGCAAACAGAAACAAACACUAUUAAACUGGCAGAGAUACAUGAAGAAAAGGUGAAACUUGAGCAGAUGAAUGAAACCAUCUUGAAACAAAAACAGAGUCUCGAAGAUGAGAAAGAAAAAUUAAGACUUAUAGAAAAUGAGCUAAAUCACAGGGAAGCUGAGACUGAAAACCGGCGAAAAGAAACAGAUGACAUAAGGAACAGCUUGAGGAUGGAAAAGGAUCAAGUUGAAAGGUUGCGAACUGAAAUAGAUCAAACCAAGAAAGAUUUAGAAGUAGAGAGACAGAAAAUGGAAAAGAAUGCAAGGGAAGCUUUAAGGAACCAUGAAGAUAUGGAGCUUCAAAGAAAAAAAUUAAUUGAACAAACUGAACUAUGUGAAAGUCAAAUGAGAUCAUUGGAAAUGGAUCGGGAAGACAUACAGCACCAAAAAACGAAACUGUUCAAGGAAUUUGAGAACUUACAAUUUCAGAAGGAAUCUUUUGAGAAGGAGAUGCAGCAGAUGAAAGGUGAGCUUCAAAGAGAGGCUGAAGAUGUUGAGAAAUUAAAGAAAGAGUUGCUGGAUGAAAAGCAGAGUUUGAAAGACAUGGCGGACCAAAUUCAAAAUGAGGAAAAUGAACGAAAAGAGACCCUGGAUAGACUGUACUUGAGCCUAGAAAAACAAAAUCAAGCUAUUGAGAGUGAAAAAGAUAGAGUAGAAAAACAGAAAUCUGAACUAGAGAAGACCAAAACAGAGAUUAAUAGAGUAAAAGAAGAUCAAGAAAGUAAGCAAAAGUCUCUUGAAGAAAUGAAUAUAAACAUCUCACAAAAGGAAAACGAAUUGAGAGUUAAAGAAAAUGAACUGAAUAUACGUACUUCACGAAUUUACACGCAACAAAAAGAAAUAGAAGAGAUUCGGGAUGCUAUUUUGAAGGAGAGGAACAGCUUGGAGAAAGAGAAGACUACGAUUAUGGAGGAAAGGAAAUUAGUGAAUCACAUGCAAAUGCAACUACAGAGAGAAAAUAAAACGGUGGAAUUGAUGAAACAAGAAGUUCUUAAAGAAAAGAAAACUAUUGAAAACAACAGGGCAAUACUGAACAGAGACCUGGAUGAAAUGAAACAAAGAAGAAGCAUGUUAGCGGAGGACUUUGAGAACUUAAACUUCCAAAAACAAGCAGUUGACAAAGAACAGCAGAAACUGGAGGAGAUGAAAGCUGAGCUCUUGAAAGAAACUGAAACGAUUGAGAAACUAAGGCAAGAGAUGGAAAAUGACAAAAGCCAGCAUUGUGACAAUGGCAACAUGCUUGAAAAAGAAAAAGAAAACAUAGAGAUGCGUGUUGCAAGGAUUAGGGCAGAGGAAGCGGAUCUGAAAAAACAAAGACGAAUGAUUGAAUCUGAUAAAGUCACUUUAGAAAAGGAAAAGUCUGAUCUGGAGCAAACCAAGAUGGAGAUUGCAAAAGACAAAGAAGAUUUUGAAAAGCAAGUUAAAUCUCAGAAAGAGAUAAAUCUGAUGGCAUUGGCAGAAAUGCAGAAGGAGAAGAACAUUCUUGAGGAGCUGAGCAUGGACAUCUCAAGAAAAGAAGAUGACUUGGAAAAAGAGAAGGAACAAAACAGACACAAACAAACAGUGCUGCAAAGACUGCAAAUGGACAUUCAGAAACAACAAACAGAGAUAGAUGAAGAGAAGAAGAUGAUUGAUAUGGAGAAAAGGGAACUUGAAGGCAUACGGGCCCAAAUAGAUCAACACAAAAAAGAGGCAGAUGAAGCCAAGAGGCAUUUAAUGAAGGACAAGGAGGAUUUUGAGAAGAAAAGAACAGAAAUAAUGAAUCAGGUGGAGACAGAUUUGAGAAAGGAGAGUGAAAAGUUAGAUCUACUAAGAAAGCAGCUGAAUGAUAAAAAGGAAGAAGUUGAUAAGAGCAGGAAAAAAAUGGAAAUGGAUAUGGAUGAUUUAGCACAAAUGAAGCUUGAUAUAGUUAAAGAACUGGAGAGCAUUACGCUUAAAAAUCAAAUGAUUGAAGAUGAGAAAAACAAUUUAGAGCAGGAGAAAGCUAAGCUAAAAAGAGAAGCCGAUGAGGUUGAGAAAAUAAAACAAGAGGCACACAAAGACAGACAAAAGCUUGAGGAAACAGCUGCCAGACUUAAGAAAGACAGAGAAGAAGUUGACGGUCUUGCUGAGCAAAUCGAGAAGGAAAAAAUGGCUCUAGAAAACAUGCAUCAGGAAAUUGAAAUGCAGAGGAAAGCGAAUGAGUCUAACAAACACAUGCAAGAAAGAGCUCUGCUGGAGCUGAGGAACACAAUGACCGAAAUAACAAGCGCAAAGGAGGAUCUUGAAAACCAGCUUGCACAAGAAAGAGAGAAAAACAAAAAUGCGAAAGACGAAAUGGAGAAGGAAAGAGAUGGACUUUAUAUACUGAGAGAAAGUAUUUUACAGCAACAGGAUGACAUUGCAAUCGAGAAGGAAAAAAUGAGACUCAGUGAAAAUGAACUUAAACAACUCCAAGCUAUGAUUUACAGACAGCAAGAAGAAAUUGAGGGCACAAAGAAAGCGAUCACAAAGGAGAAAGAUAAACUUAUACAGAUGCAGACUGAAAUUGAUGUAAAAUGGAAAGAAGUGAAUGAAAUCAUGGAAUUUGUGACAAGUGAAAAGGCCAAUCUUGAAAUAGAGAAGUCACAGAAACAUCAGCUGGAGAGUGAAAUGAAAAACUUGGAGCUAUUGAAAAUCGAAUUAAACAGUGAGAAAGAAGAAAUUGAGAAAAUGGCCCAAAUGUUCAAAACAGAAGAGGCUAAUGUGGAAGAAAAAAGAGCAGAUUUAGAAAGAGAAAUAAAUAAUCUGAAAUACCACAAACAAGCAAUUCAAGAUGAGAACAACAAUUUAGAAAAGAUGAAGACUGAGCUGCAAAAAGAAAUGGAUGAUGUGAGAAAGCUAAAAGAAGAAACACAAAAUGAAAGAAGUAACUUAGAAAAGAUGGCUGCACAGCUUCAGAAAGAUCGAGCUGAUAUUGCCAUACUUACUGAAGAGACAAAGAGAAAGAAUGAGAUUCUGAAUGAAAUGCAAGUUGCAAAUGAAUCUGCAAUGGAAGAUCUACAAAGAGAUAAAACCUCUCUAGAGCAAAUGAGAGUGAACAUCUCCCAACAAAUAGAUUAUAUUGAAAAUGAAAAAGAAAAUAUAAGAAUCAGAAAAGAUGAACUAGACAAAUUGCAAGCAGAAAUUUAUGAUCAACAAAGUGAAAUGGAAAACCUCAAACAAGUCUUCACUACUGACCAACAACAGCUGAAGAAACAUCAGGAAGAUCUACAAGAAAAGAGAGUCAAGAUUGACAAAGAUUUGGAGAGACUUAAACUAGAGAGAGAAGCUUUUCAGAAUGACAAGAAGGCGAUGGAACAAAUGAAAACCGAGAUGCAAAGAGAAGGACAUGAGAUUGAAAAGUUAAAACUUGAAACCCAACAUGAAAAGCUAAAGGUGGAGGAAAUGGCAGCUCGACUUCAUCAAGCCGAAGAAGACCUUGAAAAGAAACUCGCCGAGCAAAGAGAGAAGAAAGAGAUCAUGCUGGCAGACCUGCAGAAAGAAAAAGAGACUUUAGAGGAGAUGAGUGUGAACAUCACAAAACAAAUGCAUGACAUUAAAAAUCAAGAGGAACAAAUAAAACUCAAAGAAAAUCAACUUGAACAAUUGCAAGCUGAAAUUCUGACUCAGCAAAGUGAAAUGGAAAACCUCAAACAAGUCUUCACUACUGACCAGAAACAGCUAAAGAAAGAUAUGGAGGAUCUACAAGAAAUGAGAGUCAAUAUUGACAAAGAUUUGGAGAUACUUAAACUAGAGAAAGAUAUUUUUGAGAAUGAGAAGGAAGUGAUGGAGCAAACAAAAACUGUGAUGCAAAGAGAAGCACAUAAGAUCGAAAAGUUAAAACUUGAAACACAACAAGAGAGGCUAAAGGUGGAGGAAAUGGAAGCUCGACUUCAUCAAGAGAGAGAAGAUAUCAGUAAUCUUGUAGAAGGAACUCAAAGGAAACAUAAGGUUUUGGACGAAAUGAAGGCUAAUAUUGAGGAGAAAUUAAAACUGAUUCAAUCAGAUAAAGACAUGAUUGAGAAAGAAAAACAUGAUCUGGAGGAAACUAAAAAAGAAAUUACAAGAGCCAAAGAAGACCUUGAAAAGCAACUUGUCGAGCAAAAAGAGAAGAAUGAGAUCACGCUGACAAACCUGCAGAAAGAAAGAGAGACUUUAGAGGAGAUGAGUGUGAACAUCACAGGACACAUGCAUGACAUUAAAAAUCAAGAGGAACAAAUGAAACUAAAACAGCUUGAGCUGGAAAAGAAACAGACAGAAGUGAAUGACAUUAUGGAGUUAAUAAGGAUUGAGAGAAGCCAACUAGAUAAAGACAAAGAAGAGCUGAAAGAAGAGAAACAGAAAAUGGAGAACAAUCUGAGAGAUGCCAUCAAAACAGAGAAUGAGAACUUGGAGCUUCUUAAGCAAGAAUUACAUAAAGAAAGAGAAAUAAUUAAUAAUGACAGAAAACUGCUGAAGAACGAAAGAGAUGAUGUAGACAAAAGCCGGAAGAGUUUAGCUGAAGACCUAAAAAUGCUAACACUACAGAAACAAGUAUUUGAAGAUGAGAAGGAGAAGUUAGAACAGAUAAAAACUGAGCUGCAAAAAGAAGCUGAUGAGAUUGAGAAACUGAAACUACAGACACAACACGACAGACAAAUGGCGAAGGAAAUCACUACACAACUUCAGAAAGAUAGAGAUGAUAUUGCCAUACUUACUGAAGAGACAAAGAGAAAGAAUGAGAUUCUGAAUGAAAUGCAAGUUGCAAAUGAGUCUGCAAUGAAAGAUCUACAAAGAGAUAAAACCUCUCUAGAGCAAAUUAAACUAAACAUCUCCCAACAAAUAGAUGAUAUUGAAAAUGAAAAAGAAAAUAUAAGAAUCAGAAAAGAUGAACUGGACAAAUUGCAAGCAGAAAUUUAUGAUCAACAAAGAGAAAUGGAAAAACUCAAACAAAUCUUCGCUACUGACCAGCAACAGCUAAAGAAAAAUAUGGAGGAUCUACAAGAAAAGAGAGUCAACAUUGACAAAGAUUUGGAGAGACUUUAA